CUUCAUCAACGCAUUUCCAAAUGUGCCCCAUGUCGCCGCCACGAUGAAGAUUUCCAACCACGCGGCAGUGCCCGUCUACACCAUCUCCGGCUCGAACACCGCCCGUCCACUUCCGGACUGGCUGAUUCGGAAACGGAAGCGAAGCCUCAAGCAAGAUCCCGAAUUCGCCAACCGCGUCGAGCUCCUCCAGGACUUUGAGUUUGAGGAGGCCAGCUCCUGUGUGCGCGUGAGCGAUGACGGCGACUGGGUGAUGAGCACAGGCACCUACAAGCCGCAAAUCCACACCCAUUAUCUGCCUCACCUGUCCCUUUCCUUUGCCCGUCAUACCAAUUGCUUGAACGAGACGUUCCUUCUGCUUUCGUCUGACUACACCAAAUCCCUCCAUCUCCAGGCCGACCGCUUUCUCGAAUUCCACACCGCUGGCGGACUGCACUAUUCUACCCGCAUUCCCCGCUAUGGAAGGGACCUCAUAUACGACAGGCAUUCCGCCGAGGCGCUUGUCCCAGCAGUCGGUGUCAACGGCGACGGAUGCGGAGAAGUCUUCCGUCUCAACUUGGAGGUUGGCCGCUUCAUGAAAGCAUACGAAGUCGACGUGGGCAGCGACGACCUCUUGACCACUAGCGUCGGCGCGCUCCAGGGCGGAAUCAGUACAGGCAGCGUAAAUACGGGCUCAAUAGCAGAAGCCAGCCACAACCUCCUAGCCUUCGGGACCUCCCUCGGCAACGUAGAAUUUUGGGACGCGCGAUCUCGAAACCGCGUUGGGAUCCUAUCCGCACCCCACAACGUCAUAGACGGCCGCUCCGAAAUCACUGCCCUGCAAUUCCACCGCUCGGGACUCGAACUCGCCACAGGAAACUCUAAUGGCCUUGUCCACCUCUAUGAUUUACGAUCUCCAGUCCCGCUACUGAAGAGAGACCAAGGCUAUGGUUUCCCCAUCAAAAACAUCAUCUACCUAAACUCUGGCACUUCCUCCCGCGCGCAAACGUCCACCCCCAAAAUACUCACCUCCGACAAACGCAUCAUCAAGAUCUGGGACCCUUCCACCGGCACGCCCUGGACAUCCGUCGAACCAGCUGUCGACCUCAAUCACGUAGAAUGGUGUCGCGACAGCGGCAUGCUGCUGACCGCCAACGAAGGGAAAUCCCAACAUGCAUUCUUCAUCCCACAGCUAGGCCCCGCGCCAAAAUGGUGCGCCUUCCUGGACAACAUUGUUGAGGAAAUGGCAGAGAGCCCCGACGACCCCAAUGCCUUUGGUGGGGGGGCAGCUUCUACUGUGGGUGAAGUCUAUGACAACUUCAAAUUCCUAACCGCACCACAACUCCGCCAAUUAAAUCUGGAUCAUCUAGUGGGCACGACGAGCCUUCUAAGGCCGUAUAUGCAUGGGUAUUUUGUUGCGCAGAAAUUGUACGAGGAGGCGAGGUUGAUAUCGAAUCCGGAUCUGUGGCACGAGCAGCGAGCGAAAAGCAUACAGGAGAAAAUCGCGAAAGAAAGGGAAAGUAGGAUCCGUGGGAAUAAAAGUGUCAAGGUUAAGGUUAAUAGGAGGCUUGCGGAGAAAAUGCUGGAGCGGGAGGAGAAGAAUGAGAGAAGGAGGGCGAGGCGAGUAUUGGAGAGAGGGGGGGAUGACGAUAUGCUUGAGAGCGAGCAUGCGCCGGCUGUUGGCGAGGCUGGCGUCGAAGGAGAUGCAGAACCAGAAGGAAAGGAAGCCACUAGAUCGACGGGGGGCGUCCUCAACGACCCUCGGUUCGCGCGCCUCUUCCAGGACGAAGACUUCGAGGUCGACGAAGCAUCACACGAAUUCCAGGCCAUCAACCCAAGCACAAAGCUCCACAUUCCAAAAGGCCUUACGGCCGUUGAGCAGGAGGCGUUGGACGAUCCAAAGGACUCGAGUUCCGAAGACGACUCUUCCGCUGAAAGUGCCACCGAGCGGGCUAAAACACCUGCAAGAAAACAGCCUCUAUCAGCAACAGCGCAAGUGCAAGACCCCUCCCGCAUCUCCUCCUCCAACUACAAGAAAUCCGGACACAGACCCCAACACCCACACUCCCACACAAACGCAAACACCCGCGCGCCGGCCCCGCAAAUGCGCGUCUCUUCGUCAACCCGUAAGCCUCAGCGCAGGCAGGAUGCAACAUUCGGAUCUCGUGUCUCAAAACUCAAGGACAAGAAACCGGCUUCGGGGAGCAGUAACACGACUGUGGUUGGGGAACGAGAGAUUACGUUUGUGCCAGCGAAGAAAACUAAGAGGUCGGUUGGGGGAGAGGACGCGGCUUCUGGGCAGGGGCAAAGACAUAACCGGAAGGAUAGACGGAGUGCGAGCGGGAAUGUGUUUAGGAAGAUGUGAUGUAGAUGUGCGGUAGAGUGAAUGUGAAUGUGAAAUAUG